CGUCGGUUGGAUCGGAUCGGAUUGGAUCUGAACGAAACGGAACGGAAUACGGGAUACGGAACGGUUGGGCCUGGACGGGAUCGGGUUGUUUACGCGGAGUUUGCGAGGCGACAUCCGACAUCCGACGUGGUUCUCCAAUGUAAAAAUAAGAACUGCUCCAAUAUGUGCGCGCGAAACGAAUUUUGAAACAUUUUCGAAAAGAAAAAAACCGAGCGAUCCAGUAGUGUCAACCAGUGCAUUUGUCAAGGUUUUUGGAUUCACGGAUUCGUUACGACGGUAUUGAAAACUGCCGAUCGAUUUUCGAUUUUCGAGACAACGAGACCAGAAGCAAUUGAGCAUGAAAGUGGUGUGCUGGGUUUUUGAAUUCCUCGCGGUGGUUCAGCUGCUAAUCGAAACUCAGAGUGGCUAUGUGCAGGAGGCGAAGAGGGAGAUUUGGGAUGCGAUGGCUCACCAUCGCCACCGACACCAUCAGCACCACCACCAGGGAUCAUCGCAUUGGGUGGAUGGGCGGCGGGUGCACCGUCUGCGGAUGCCACACCCACAGCGCUGGAGUGGGCGGCGGCGAUCGAUCAACCACCACCAACCCUUCAGCCGCUGGUCCCAGUGGUCACCAUGCGACGAGGAGUGCGUCCGGCGGCGGGAGCGGUUCUGCAAAGUGAAGCGCAAGUGCGGACACACCAAGCACGUGGAGCAGAGCAAGUGCAGCCAUUGUCAUCCUGCACCUGCAAUAAAGUGGCAGCCACCGUUAAUUCUGGAGGAUAGCCACAUCCGCGAGAGAAACCAACCGCUUCCGCAAGCGCAGCCCCAACCCCAACCACAACCACCACCUCCUCCGCCUCCGUCGAUUAUCAUAAAUGCGGCGGCUGCGGCGUCAAGUGGUCCCACCGUGGAUUAUCGCUACACCGAGUACAAACCCCCACCAAACUAUGCUCCACUUUAUCCAUCAACACAUCCACCUAUUUAUGCCCCCACUCACCCCGCCGAUCAUCAUCCAACCCACCUACCAACUUAUCCACCGCCAACUCAUCCACCAACUCCACCACCGACAAAGGUGGUGCGCCAUCUGCCAAAAUAUCCGGGCAAAGAUGUAUUCAGCGAAGAGGAUGUGGAUGAUGAACUUGAACCCGAACCUGAUGAGGAUUUAAUUAGUUCCGAUGAGCAGGGUGACUUCUUUGUGCUCAAACAUCAUCGCCACAGGCGAAGGCAAAAUCAUAGAAGACCCUCCCACAGGAAACCUCUCAAGGAGGAAGACUAUGAUGACUCCGACUUUGUAGACUUUGGCGAGAGGAAGUCACUGAGACACAGACAUUUGGGCGAGGAUAGCAGCGUGGAGGGUGAUGUCUUUCAGUACGAGGACUUCGAUUUACCUGACACUAUGUACGCGGAUUCCGAGGAAUCCGAGGGUGAAUACCGUAAUAUCACCUGGGUGCAGCCAGCCAAGGAUGGAAUAGCGCUAAGGCGACGCAGGGUCUACUCCAAGUGGAGUAGAUGGACCAAAUGUUCGCCAAAAUGUACGACGAGGAGAUACAAGAAGUGCCGCAUCACUGAUCAGUGUGGCCGUGAAGUUCUCCGGGAGAUCGCCUACUGCUACACGGAGGGCAGCUUCUGCCAGCAGUGGCUGCAGACGCAGUUCCAGAAGACACCAGCCUUCGAGACGAGACCGGGUAGCGGGUCACCGGCCAAUGCGGUGCGACGUAUGCAAUCGGAGCAGCCGGAUGUGUCCAUGAAUGACCUCAACUACAUAAUGACGGGAAAGGGUUACCGCGGACCGGAGUAUACUCCUCUAAAGCUGAACUGCGGCAUUGUUCGCAGCGGAACUGGACGGAGGAGCAUGUCCAACAUGCUGAAGAUCAUCGGAGGACGGGCGGCGCGCAAAGGCGAGUGGCCAUGGCAGGUGGCCAUACUGAAUCGCUUCAAGGAAGCCUUCUGCGGCGGCACACUCAUUGCUCCUCGCUGGGUACUAACCGCCGCUCAUUGUGUGCGCAAGGUGCUGUUUGUUCGAAUAGGGGAACACAAUCUCAACUACGAGGACGGCACGGAGAUUCAGCUGAGGGUGAUGAAGAGCUAUACUCAUCCCAACUUUGAUAAGCGCACCGUGGAUAGCGAUGUGGCAUUGUUAAGAUUACCCAAAGCGGUUAAUGCCACCACCUGGAUUGGCUACUCCUGUUUGCCGCAGCCCUUCCAGGCACUGCCCAAAAACGUGGAUUGCACCAUAAUUGGCUGGGGCAAGCGUCGCAAUCGGGAUGCCACGGGCACCAGUGUGCUCCACAAGGCCACCGUGCCCAUCAUAUCGAUGCAGAAUUGCCGCAAGGUUUACUACGAUUACACUAUCACCAAGAACAUGUUUUGUGCCGGGCAUCAGAAGGGGCACAUAGACACGUGUGCUGGGGACUCAGGAGGUCCACUCCUGUGCCGGGACACCACGAAGCCCAACCAUCCGUGGACCAUAUUUGGCAUCACCUCGUUCGGCGAUGGAUGCGCCCAGCGCAAUAAGUUUGGCAUCUAUGCCAAGGUGCCCAACUACGUGGACUGGGUGUGGUCGGUUGUCAACUGCGAUGGCAACUGCAAGAUGCACUAGCAUUCGUGGCAUCUCGGUGGUUACUUCGUAGACAUGGACUUGGGUCCGCAAAGUUGCAGAGGCUGUGAAAAACUAAUUUACACUUUAAGUGUUCGAUUCGUGCGGGAAAUCUUCGCAUGAUCACCACAUCACAAUUAUUAUGUGCUCAUUUUGAACUAGAAGUUGCAAAGGAAAAAAUUCGAUUGUAAUUUAGACAACCAAAUAUUUGUGUAAUUAAGCUCUAAAAGCACCUACUAAUUGAAAGUACUAUUUUCGAUGGGAUAGCUUUUCCCUUAAUAAUAGUUACAAUUCUAACUUGCCUAAUGUACAUAACUGAACUCUUAAUGUUUUAUGCUGAACAAUUACUAAUGAAAUUAUUAAUUUCUUAUUUAAGUUAAAUGUAAUUACAGUAGGCGUAAGUUAAAACAGAAAUCUGAGAUUUAAGGUUGUAAAAUAAUUAAUAAAUCUGAUGAUAAAAGCCAUAUGAACCGUAGCUUCACCACUGAAAUACACUACA